GCUACGUAACAAAACAAAAGUGUCACUGGUGCGGGAUACUAUGUGCAUUUCUCGGUCCGGCCAACCAGCAUGCAGCGCGCAUCUUUUUCAAUAGACUCCCUGAUAUCCGGGAGCCCCGCAAGUCCCGGUUACAGGAAUCCGGUAGCAGCCUUCCAACUGCCAUUUUUCUACAACGGUUAUGUGUUUCUCCCGAGAACUGGACUCUACCCGGCCGGAGCCAUCGGCUUCCCCGGACAGACGCCUCUGUGCCUGCCGGAUCACUUCUCGGGGGUGCCCCGACCUCCUUUUCCGGACGCCCCCCUGGACUGUAGAAACAACACAAAUGGAUACGCUAACGCAGCGUCUCCAUCGUCUACCACGAGCAACAGGUCUUCCGCCUUUGAUUUGCAGAACAGUCCAACGGGCAUGAGCACGACCCGGGACUCCUCGUCCAGCCCCGACGUGACGACCCUGGAGGACGAGAUGAGCGGUGACGAGCACUCCUUGUCCCUGGAGGACGAGGAAAAGGGGUCUUCAGAGCGCUCGAGGGACGGGAAGGGAGGGCGUCGCCGGCGGACGGCCUUCACGAGUGAGCAACUACUCGAACUGGAGAAGGAGUUCCACGCCAAGAAGUACCUCUCGCUCACCGAGAGGUCGCAGAUAGCGCACGCCCUCAAGCUGAGCGAGGUUCAAGUGAAAAUCUGGUUCCAGAAUCGGCGAGCCAAGUGGAAGCGCGUGAAAGCCGGGCUCGCGUCUGGCCGAGUCGGCUCGAGCACGAGUGGCAGCGGGCCUAAAAUCGUCGUUCCUAUCCCGGUGCACGUCAACCGCAUGGCCAUCCGGAGCCAGCACCAGCAGAUCGAGAAGACCCUGGCGAGAUGACACGCCAGCGAUGCUUUCCUGAACUCCCCAGCCGCCACGCUGCGGCAAAGCGAAAACUCUCGGCGCUAGCGGAGCGGAGCCGCUACUGUGGUGAAAGAGACCCCAUUCUUCAUCCAGAGACUUAUUUUCUGUAAAAAUUACUUAGAGCGAAGAAAAGUUUUUAAUUCUUUGCCUGCGUUAAGUGGAAUUUAUGGCAAUAAAAUGCGCCUUGACAUAUAUUUUAGCAUAUUAUGAGACGAGACGAACCAGCGUUGUGAUUUUUCUUCUUGAUGUGGCAAUAAAAUGUACGCACUCAUAGCUUAUCUCUGUCCAAUGUCAUUCUUCGCAGUUUAUUGUCAUUUAUCAGAGUCGGAGAUAAGCGAAAAAAAUCACGAAAUAUUUUCUGUACAUAUAUCUAAAAUAUGUGAAUGAAACUGAAUUUUACAUUUUGGUGUCUCUUUGAUUCUUUGUCGUAUUUCAGAAAUCGAGCAUUUAUCAAUGUCUCUAGAGUAACGGAAGUGCAGCCUUUGGCCUGGCGAACUCUUGCAAAGGAUCAUUUCGACAAUGCAGAAAUGAUCGACGAAAAACACCUCGGACAGAACAUUUAUGCUAGAAAUGCCUCGGGAAUAAGAAAAAGCAUAUCACUUUAAAUGUGGUAAUUUUUGGGGCGUUUUGUUUAUUUAAUGACCGUCUAUUAAUGGAUGCACUUUCUGCGAUCGAUCCGUGUUCUUUGACAUUCUUUCUAGGAUAUUCUACAAAAUGGCUGUCGCCAAUUUAUGCAUAAAUAAAUUAUUUCAAAACCUUUAACCAAUCAGCUAACUUCUGAGUCAUUUUACAAAAAUCGCAAUCAGAAAAGGGGGAAAGCAAUAAAAUACUUUUCUUAACCCGGGAAAGUGUUAAAGCAGAUCCACACAAUGAGGUCCCAAUACCGUUCCUCUUUAUAAUCUUUAUUACAAAAUUGAAUGUACAUUUGUGUGUGUGUUGGCAUUUUACAGGCUACA